AUGCAGAAGAUCGAGCAACAACUCCUACGUAUGGCAUUGAAGGCAAAACCGUAUUACAUGUUCUCUUUGCUUAAGAAUUGUGUGUAUAAAGGGCAUUGUAAUGAACCUUUUGUGCAGAAACGGAUUUGGAGGAGAAUAGUGGAUCACAACGGCACCAUUGCUAAUAAGAACUGUGCACAAAGUUCAUUUCGUGUUUCUGUGAUUGGCGAUGUACUCAUCUCAGCUGACGCGCUUUCCGUUUUGGAUCUCGGCCCUAGUUUCGCGCCUGUGCAAUCAAUGCAAUCAAUAGGUCCGGAGGUAUCACGCAAGAUUGUGGGCGGCCUCCAAUUGGUUCAUGAUAGCUUGCGACUGAGUGCAAAAGAAGAAGAGCGAAGGCAAGAGAACCGAUUAGCUGAGCGAGUAUCCCUACCUUCCAUUCCUUUCCCACGUAUGAUGUAUAAACCACCUGAACCCAAAACCACGGUAGACAAGGAGUUUCGAGUGUUCGCAACAUCGGUGUACUCCGUUUUGGAACGUUUCUCGAAAAGGCGCGUAAAUUUCAAUCUCUCUGUCGCGCAUCGCCGAGUCCUAUGUGAAAUUCGCAAUCUUAUUACAGCUGGAGAGAUCAAGGCCUCCGUUAGUGACAAGGAGGCGAAUUUGCUGUUCUAUCACGUGAACUAG